AUGAGUGCUAGCCGUAGUAGUGAUUGUGAGAAGACUGGCGGCAAUGCCAAGGACGUGGACGCCAACGCCGUGGAUUCUGAGGCCACGGGUAACAUGGCGGGGUCGUUAGAAUCGUUGCAAACGCCGGUAGAGGGCACGUUGACGAGUGCAUCUGUUGUAGAGAAACAGACUCCAUGCAACAACGAUCAUAUUAAGGAAGAAGGCAAGGCAA